AUGCAAGCUUUAAUAAUAGUUGGACGCGUAGAGAAACAUGUAUGGGUCGGGAUGAAAAUGUAGGUCGAAUGAAUCGUAAGAGAUAAGGGCGUCUCCAGCUUUGUUCUAUUUAUUUUUAUUGUUUCAACAAUUUACACAAUCUUUUCAAAAGAGGGACAUUAGUAGAAGGUUAAUUUUGUUUUAAACUGUUUAUCUAUACAGAAAAGUGAUGUCAACUGAAAAUCUCACGUAAAACAACGUAAUAUAACGAGGACGAGAACGAGUUAAAAAUGCCUUCUUCAUUAAAGGAAUUGUUUUGGUACGUUAUUUUUUGUAAAUAAGUAGACUUUGAAAAAAGCAUUGUGAUGAUGAACAUGAGACGAAAAGCUUGCAUCCGAAAAUCGGUUAAAGCAGCUUUCAUUAUUGUAUUAGUCUUUGUGAUAAUAUUCCAUAUACGGAUAUUAUUUGAAGAGAGUGAUAUCAAGAUAAUCAUCAAUGAAGAUAUCGACGUACAGGCGUACUUAUUAGAACCACUCACAACGGACGAUUUUCCAACAUCCGGUCACGUGACGCCGUUAAUUCCCCACGUGAUCCAUCAGACUUGGAAAAACAGAAUGAUUCCACUUGUCUUUCAUGAAAACGUCCGCUCGUUCAUUGAUAAUAAUCCAGAGUUUGAAUACCGAUUUUGGACGGACGAGAGCGCCCGCAGUCUCAUACAGCAUCAGCAUCCAGAUCUCUUGGACUUGUUCGACAAUUACGUUGAACCUGUUAGGAGAGCAGACUUGCUGAGGUACGUCGUUCUUUACGAAUUCGGGGGCGUGUACGCAGAUCUUGACACGCGAUGUCUCCGCCCCCUUGAACAAGUGAUCUCACAAUACGCAUGCGUGUUAUCACCGGAACCGUACGAACACGCGUCUCUGAUCUUCAACACGGAGUUCAUGGUGACCAAUUCCAUCAUGUUCUGCCGAGCCGGGCAUCCUUUCCUGAAACAGGUUUUACAGAACAUCGCAGAUUUCAACCACUUCAGCCAAGACAUCGACUCCACCGGCCCAAACUUCUUAACGUAUCAGUUGCGAAUAUAUAACCGGCUAAAUGGCGGACGUUUGUCAAAUGUACCGGUACAUAAACAACUGGACAAUGCGAGAAACAGAGUGUAUUUCAAAGGCACCCAAAUACCAACUGAGUAUUUUUCGGAUUAUGUUUUCAUACCGUCAAGUCAAUAUUUUCAGAACGAAUUAGAUCAGAUUCGAUUUGAUCAAUUCCAAAAACUGUGCUCGAGUUUCCGAAGGUUAAACAUGGUGCAGAUGCGAGGCUGUGUGACACUAAAAAUUCGCGGAUUUUUUAAGCGCGAAUCUCGGUUUGAGUUUACAAAACAUACUUUCCACCACACAGGUAACACACCUUCACAUGAAGGAAACGUAGAUAUUCAAGACAUCAUUCCUUGGUUCCUCGGAUACGAUAUUUCGUAUCCGAUUUUAAGGAAACAUCAUAUUUCAAAACCAAACUAUUGAACUAUUGAAUUUUUUUAAACGUAGUUCAUUAAAUAAAUACAAAAUGUAACGAUAUUUUUUAUAAUUAAUUACUCAGAGAAGUAACGUGUUUUUUUUUUAAUCAUUUACUCUUGAAUUUACCGUUGAAUUAACCCUUGCAUAGCGAACUUACUGGGAGAUAUAUAUGCCAUGGUAAGGUCAAUUUGGAACAUUAUCAUCCAAGCAAAAAGGUAAAUUAAACUUUCAAAAUCAUCAAGUUUGGCCUAAUGACUUUUUUGAACUUUGUUAGUAUAAUUGUAAGGUCUAAAUGUUGACAUGCAACAUCAGUACUUAAAUAAUUCAAUUCAUCUGUUUUUAAGAUCUUCGGUACAAAUCUUAUUAAUAUGUUUAAUGACGUGUAGCAAGACAAUAAUAUAUCUAUGUUGUCUGUUAAAGCCGUAAUAAUAUUUGAUUGCAUUUCUCUAAACGUAACAAAACACCGCCAUUUAUUAAAAAACGAACUAUUUCAUCAAAUUCAGUGAUUGCAGGAAUAAUUAUUAUGUCAGUACCAUAUGACAAAAUGACACAGAUGAUAUGCUUUUAAAUACAUUUGUGUGAUUUCUAUCCCGCACUGCUAUUUUUGUUCCAUGUUUUGUUCAAAAUGUAAUGUUUACAGACAUUCCAUUAUACUGGUUAUAAAAGUAAUUGUAUUGGUAACUGUCUAGACCUGUAUAUUGUAUCUCCUUAAUUCUGCUUUGGUGACAUUGAGAUGUUUGCAUCAUAUCUGUUCAUGAUCAUCAACAUUUAAGUUGUACUUUAGUGUAAAUUAAUGUAUUUUAACCAUUUGGUACGACGCGAAGAACAUAAAACCGAAGGUUAUGCCAUCCAAAAGGGUUUAACGAUGGACUCUUUGUUGAUAGUUAAUUUUUUAUAUUUGAAAAUAUAAAAACACAUUAACCUAUUAUAUAAGAAUACUUAAAGUUCAUUAAAUUAAUAACUAAAUAAUUAUGAUAGACGCAGGCAAAACAGAUAUCUUCCCAGAUCAUGCAAACUGAUACUAUAUUUGAUGACGCGACCUUGUAAGACUAUAAAUAUUAAAUGGAAUGCGGAUUUAAUUGUUAGUCACGCAUUGCUCUCCUGAUAAUGAGUCUUGAAUUUCACUGUUCAAAUAUAUUUGGAAUUGGCUUGGAGAUGUUGAAUUUUCAUCAUAUGUUUAAAUUACAUGCUAAAAAAUAUAAUUCUGUUUGAUUUUAACCAUUUAGUAAUUUAAUAAAAGACAAGCAACAAGGAAGGUUUCUCCAUAUAAUGUUUCCUGACUUUUACUUUCUCUAUAAAUAAAGUGUAAAAUAUAAAGUUAGGUAAACGUAAUUUAUUCAUAAUAUAGUCAUAUCUUUGCUAGUUCGUUUUCUUUAAACAGAACGUCCAUUUGUUCACGAUAUAAAUCAAAGUCACACCCCGCCUCGCCUUGGCAGCUAUUUAUAAUAAUUGCACAUUAGUUAUGUGGACUGUUUCAAACAGUACGAUGACUCCUAUCUAGUACACUAUAUAUAACAUAUAUUCAUGCAUGAACGAAAGUCUCCUUUUGCAUUGAAUUAAUGUCACUGUGUCUCACAAGGGAAAGCAAUAUUCCAAAGUGUACCAGUCCCAUUAUUCGAAAAACAAUAUAUUAUUUACAUCCAUUCACAAUGUCUCAUACAUUCAUUCAUAAAAUCGACAAAUGUCGUGAUAGGGAAUGCAAAUAUAUCUAGAACAUCGCGUGUUGUAUCUGAUAAAUAAACCCGUUUAAAUGUUCUUACAUGUAAAUAAUAAAUCACGAUGCAAUAUGUUACACAAUCAAUCUCAUAAAUAGAAACAGAGGUGUGAUGUUGCAGGAGUGUUUUUAUUAGAGAAUUUAAUGUACUGUAUGUACAUGUAUAGCAAGUGACAAAUUGUCACCAACAACUCCUCACAGCACAAAUGUUAACCAAGUAAAACUCCAAUUGCACACUAAAGAGAUAAAUAAUAUUAACAUUUA